AUGUCACUGCGUCCCCUUGGAAGCAAUUCUAGCUUAUACUACGCGCAACUCUUUCGAAAAUAUACCAUAUUACCAGCCCUUCGACCAUCAUUCCGCUCACGCGACUCCCAUAUCACACUCCAAUGCCCCAGAAGAGCUUUGCACCUGGCAGACACAGGAUCGCUGCUACAACGGACUCUACUCGGAAACCUGCCACGAGACGUGUAUACCACACGCAGCCGAAGUACACACUUGCCCACUCAACAACGCCGCCAUGAGUCCCUCUCGGCUCAAGAAGCCCCGGAGCUUGAGCCUUGCGCGCACUGUGGCGGAAGGACGUAUCUCAAGAUGCGAAAACCCGUCGACCCGGAGGAUCCCUCCAGCGGCUGGCACUGCAAACCGUGUGUUCGAACCCUGCGCGUAUAUGGUCACCUCCCAAACGAGGAACAACUGGUGGAAAUCAAUCGGCGACGAAGAGUUCGGCAAAGCGGAGAAGCAAGCAAGACAAGUCCGUGUCGGCACUGCGGUGAUUUGACAGCACCGAAAAGCAACCGUAAAUUCGUUGAUCCUGAUGAUCCCUUUGCGGGAUUCUACUGUCGACCAUGUGUUCGGCAUAAGCACCACCAUGGGCACCUACCCACCGAGAUUGAGCUCGUAGCUUUCAAGACUCGGAGGAAAGCUCGCAAUAGGGUUUACGCCAACCGUGAAAAAGAGAAAGAGAAGGCAAAAAACAAAGGCGGCGUGAAAGCAGAAGCACCACCUCCCCCUCCCCCUCCUCCUCCACCUCCACCUUCAGACCCAGAUCCAGAUCCAGAUCUUGACCCAGAAGGUCAUAAGCGAGCCAAGCAGAGCCGUGAUCCGCACCCCUGCCGCCAUUGCGGCGACCAGACCUUUUCCAGCAGCAAGCGGAGGCUCGUUGAGCCUCAAAACCCUUCCGCCGGGUAUUAUUGCCAACCGUGUACGAGGUGUCUCAUCGAGACAGACACAUUGCCCACCGCUGCGCAAUUAGCAGCCCUCAGGAAACUCCGAUUGAAAAGAAGUGCUAAUGUGAAUCUAUCUGCGCGAACCAUGAGCAGUCCUUGCUGUCACUGCGGCUCGAUGACGUCCCCGGGCAGCAAGCGCAGACUUGUUGAGCACAGGAACCCCGAUUCCGGGUACUACUGUCGCCCUUGUGCCGAAUGUUUGACAACUACAAAUGCCUUGCCCAACGAAGUGCGUCUUGCCACUCGAAAGUCUCGCGAAAGGGCGAGACUGAGUAACCUCAAACUGGCUAUAGAAGCUUCUAUGUUGAGAAGCAACUCUGCCCAGACGGGGUCUUCCCCGACCGGCGAUGAGGCCAACAUAUGUGCGCACUGCAAAACUGAUGGAAAUACUAUCAAGCUGACCCAUUUCCCGCCUGCGAAUCAGAAUGUUUGCUCCUCGUGCACCAAUCAUUUUGAUCUUCACGGCUCGUUACCCAGCGCAGAUGUGCUUCUGCGGCGAGAAAACAACCGAAAAGCACGGGCGCGCAUUCAAGCUGAUAUCGAAGCCGGUCGACCGCUGUUCUGCUAUCAUUGCAAGACCCCUCGACCUCAGUUCCCAACUCGACAUUGGAAGAUAGGAGGUCGGUUCCAUGAUCUGGUGUGUCCAAAAUGCCAGUCCAAGGGGUUUUGA